AUGAAUAAGCCAACUUUGGAUGAUCGAACGAUUCGAAUUGAGCUGCGUAAGAAGCAAAAAGGCUUUCUUGGAUUGAGUACAUUGGGUGGACGAGUUGUGGAACUGCAAGAACAGCCAGUAGCAGAUGUAAGUAUUUUCGUUUGGUUUCGACUCCAUUGUUGUUGA